GGAGAGGACUAUCUGCUAUACAAGAGUAUUGACAUAAAAGGUGACCCAAAAUCUCCGGGACCCAAGCCGACCUUGGAGAAGGAGCUGAAGGAAAACAGGGAAGAGAACCCAGGACUUACAUCCCCAGAGCCUCAGCUUCCAAAGCGUCCCACAGAUCUGGUGAGAGCAAAGGAGGGGAAGGAACCCCCAAAAAUAGCCUCUGUGGAAAAUGUGGAUGCUGACACACCUUCUGCCUGCGUUGUGGAGAGAGAAACUUCGACUCACAGCGGGAACAGAGGAGACGCUCCAAAUCUCAGAGGUCCCAAAAGAAGCAAACGGGACGCCUCCUCCGUUUCCCAAGAAGAACCUCAAGGAGAAGCCACACCUGUGGGCAACAGAGAAUCCCCAGGACAAGUUGGGAUGAAUUCAAUUCAUUCCCCAGGCCCUGCGAGCCCAGUCAGUCACCCUGAUGGCCAAGCAGCCAAGGCACUGCCACCGUUUGCAUGUGACGUGUGCGAUAAGAGGUUUACCUGUAAUUCCAAGCUAGUCAUCCACAAGAGAUCACACACAGGAGAGAGGCUCUUUCAGUGUAAUCUCUGUGGGAAGCGUUUCAUGCAGCUCAUUAGCCUCCAGUUUCACCAGCGAACCCACACCGGCGAGAGGCCCUACACGUGUGACGUCUGCCAGAAGCAGUUCACCCAGAAGUCCUACCUGAAGUGUCACAAGAGAAGCCACACAGGGGAGAAGCCCUUCGAAUGUAAAGACUGCAAGAAAGUUUUCACCUACAGGGGGAGCCUGAAGGAGCACCAGCGCACCCACUCCGGAGAGAAACCCUAUAAAUGUUCCAAGUGUCCAAGAGCCUUCGGUCGGCUGAAGUUGUUAAGACGCCACCAGAAAACACAUCCAGAAGCCACUUCUCAGUGAUUGCAUAAUCCGGUCUAUGCCUUCUGCACCAAGAAGAAGUGAAUGAUGAUUUUUCACUGAUGUUACCAGAUGACAUUGGACACCUGCAAGGGCGCCUGGCACACAGAGGGCGUGCCCUAGAUAUGAAUUGCCAUGGUGUUUGAGUAAAUAUGUAUCCUCCCCACUGAGCUUUGUUUUCUGUUUCAUUAUGUCCAUUGUUUUCUUAUAGGUUUAUUUUGGUUUGUGUUGCUGUUCUUUCAAUAAACGAUCAUCUUAUUAGUUUUCAAUACUGUA